CCGGGGCGCUACGGGGGGGCGGCUGGCGGGCCCACAGCGCCGGCCGGGCCAUGUCGGCGCUGGAGUGGUUCGCGCACAAGCCCCUGGGCGGCGGUAUCUUUUGGAUCCAGGAACGCUUCUACGAGUCGGGCAACCGGGCCAACAUCUGGCUAGUGCGGGGCUCGCAGCGAGACGUGGUGAUCGACGCGGGGCUGGGACUGCGCAGCCUGCCCGACUACCUGCGUGACGCCGGGCUGCUGGCGCCGGCCGAGGGCGCCGGGCCGCGGCCGCUGCUGGCCGUGGCCACCCACGUCCACUUCGACCACUCGGGCGGGCUGCAGCACUUCGAGGAGGUGGCGGUGCACAGCGCCGAGGCGUCGGCGCUGCUCCAAGGCGACAAUUACGAGGCCGUGACGUGGCUGUCAGACCGGGAGGUGGCGCGGCCGCCGCGGCCCGGCUGGAGCGCCCGGCAGUUCCGCGUCCCACCCGUCCGGCCCAGUCGCCUGCUGCACGAGGGGGAUGUGAUCAACCUCGGAGAUCGACAGCUCACUGUCAUGCACAUGCCUGGUCAUUCACGAGGCAGCAUUUGCUUACAUGACAAGGACCGGAAGAUUUUGUUCAGCGGAGAUGUGGUGUAUGACGGAUCUAUGAUCGACUGGCUGCCCUACAGCAGAAUCAGUGACUACAUUGCAAGCUGCCAGCGCCUGAUGGAGUUAGUAGAUAGAGGUCUUGUGGAGAAGGUACUACCUGGGCACUUUAACAUAUUUGGAGCAGAAAGGCUGUAUCGUUUAGCUUCCAACUACAUUUCCCAAGCUGGAAUCUGUCACAAGAUCUCUACGUGUGCUAUGAGAUCCAUUGCAAGCAUAGCACUUCGUGUUGCAAAUUCAAGAAUCACUUCUCAGUGACAGUUAAUUUUGUGUGAUCUGUCACAUGCUGUAAAACCAAAUGGGUUGUAAAAGCAUCAAUAACAAGCAGAAGCAGUAUGUGUUAGCAAAAAGAUGGCCAAUUGAUACAGGUGAGCUUAAAAUAUUCUCCCUGUUUUUUUACUUUAUUCAUAUUUUUAUAAAAACUCUGUAAACUAGUAGCUUUAGCCAAAGCUAUAGUUUUUCUUUCUACUUUUUCAGAGCAUGUUCUUACAUGUAUUGCAAUAUAUUGUUUUAUUGAAAUAUAUUGUUUUAUUUAUUUAAAUUGAAAUAUAUUGUUUUAUUUUUGUUACAACUCUGGCAGAGGGCUAUAUACUAAAAGGAGAUGUUUAACAUUCAUGCUUGAAACCUUGUUGAUAUAGUACUAGACUUGUGAUUAUUCAUCACCUCCUGCUCAGGUUUUGACCUAAAAGAACUCUUGCUAAGAUCUAGUGUGUGGUAGGAGCAGUGCCAUUAGGUCAGAGCAGGAGCAACACCUAUGCAGGAGUGUGUGAGCAGAAAGUGAUAAUUCUGUAGCCAUUGCCACCCGUGGGCAUGGUUAUCUGCUGCACCUCUCACCACUUGAAGCUUUAUCUCUGCAACGUGGCAAUUCUGUAGACCAAACUUUGAAGCUGUAAGUCACAGAUACAUCAGUUUAUCACAAAAGCUUUUGGAGCAGACAGACUGUUGAGGCUUUCAUGUUUCCAGGUGUGGUGCAGGGAACCACUGCACCAGGCAGGAGGGAGCAAGCAGGAGCACUCUCACUCACCAUUGGCUAGGGAACUGUUCUGCUUGUAGGCUUGUGAGUUAGCAAUUAGACAAUUUGUGAACUAGUGAAUUAAUGUGUUACAUUACCCUGUACAAAGUGGACUGAGAUUUUGCUGGAUGUGUUUAUUUUUUUCAGCUUAUAAAAAUAUUUGGAGAGUUUGUUGUUCUGGAAAGCUGAGAGAAGGGAACUGUGACAAACUUAAGGCAUUUGUUUAUGCUAAAGGGUAUUUUUAUGUGACAGUGUUGUAACUUGGUGUUAGGGGAGGGAUUGAGACUUUUCCAUGACCUUGCUAUGGUGAAGGUGCUGCAUGAAGCAGCCAGUACACUUUUUAUCACAAAGUGAAUGUAACUCAAAUGGUUUACUGUUUGCAUCUAAGUAUGUGCUGCACAUGGUUGUUCUGAAAUGUAAAGUGUGUUGCAUUGAGUUUGUUCCAAAAAAUAUGUUGAAUAUAUUGAGAAAUGCUAAAUAGCAUUGCAAUUUGCUUAUGAAAAUUGAAUGUGUGAUAUUUAAAAGCUGCUGAAAUGGUUAGUUUGUGUAAUUAUUCUAACAGUUUGUAUAUAUUUAACUUUUUUAAAUGGACACUGUCAGAAUUUAUUUUUGUACAUAGACAUAUAUGUGUUCCAAAAAAGACUGCAAAUGUUUCUCUCAAAUUUUAGUGCAGUUUAACUUUUCUUUUUUGGCUUUCACUUCAUGCAGAAGGUUUUGCCCCCAUCAUAGCCAGUAGUAAGGGAGCCAGAGGUUUGUGCUCUGUCUAAGGCAUGAGGGAGAGGAAGUUGAUAGCCUUCUAAAUAGAUGCAAAUUCUUGUGGAAAAAACAACAACCUAUUACAAAAUUUAAAAAGCAACUCUGUAUAAAAAUGAUAAAAGCAAGUAUCUUAGGUAAGGCUUUUUCCUUUUCAUAGAUG